AUGUGGCUGUUGCUGUUCCUCCUGUCACCGGCUCUGGGGCUGCACAUGAAGGAGCCUCCACUUCCAGAAUCAGCCUCACGUAAUGAAGUACCAGAGCGAUGGCUUGAUGUCAAACUCAACCACUUUGACGCCUCCAACACUGAUAAGUUUCCAAUGCGUUACUACUACAACGGUAUAAAUACUGCAGCAACUAAUAGCAACAUAGUAAUAUAUGUAGGGGGAGAAUGGGAGAUCAGUCCUGGAUGGGUUUCAUCGGGAUUGCCCUAUGAGAUUGCGUCUUUAACAGGCAGUGGAUUGUUCUAUACUGAACAUCGUUAUUAUGGGCUGACUAGACCCUUCAGAGACACGAGCUUAACAAACCUGCGCUUUUUGAACGUGGAUCAGGCGCUCGGCGAUCUUGCUGAAUUCAUACAACACGUUAAAAGUGAUGACUUUGAAAAUGGAAGAUUCAGGAACGCUUCAGUUGGUCUAGUGGGGUGUUCAUACGCUGGCACAAUGGCGACCUGGAUGCGUUUGGCUUAUCCGCAUCUUGUCGAUGUCGCCUUCUCCGAUAGCGGACCAUUGCAUGCACAAGAGGACUUCCCAGAAUAUUUAGAGGUAAUUACUGAGGCGCUCCGCAACCAAGGUGGUGAGGCGUGCGUGGCUAGUAUAUUAGAGGCUGUUACGCGCAUGAGGGACAUGCUUUAUACUACUGAAGGAGCGGCGCAAAUCUCUACCAUGUUCAACACCUGUGCUCCCCUGCAAGCAAACGCAACGUUAGAUAGCAGUACAUUUUUCUGGUAUGGCAUAACGGAAACCUUUGCAGUUCUAGUGCAAUAUGCCAUGCCGGGCAACAUUGCUAAAGCCUGUGGAGUCAUCACUGAAGCGACUGAAUCGGAUCCUGUGCAGCGACUAGCGAAUUGGAUAAAUAGUAUGAACGAGGCGUGUAUUGAAUCACGGUACUCUGUAGUUGUUAAUAAUCAUCGAAACACUGACUUUGACGCUAAAGAUGCCACUAUGCGCCUGUGGACUUAUCAGACCUGUGUUGAGUACGGAUGGUACCAGACGACGACCAGCGACAGACAGCCUUUCCUGCAAACUGUGCCAUUAGAAUACUUCCAUCAGAUGUGCAAGGAUUUCUUCUCAAACAAUGUAGACGAAAAUGUUCUCCGCUCAGGCAUAGGACGUACCAAUCUCUUCUUCGGUGGGAGAACUUUGCCCGACUAUGUGGUGUCCGUCACUGGUGGGAUUGACCCAUGGAGGCCCAUGGGCCCUAACGUAACCCACAGCACUCCACUCUCACCUGUCUACUUUGUACCUGAUGUAUCGCAUUGCAGGACAGUGAUGCCCAUGGCGAAUAGUGAAACUGAAGAAUUAAGAGAAGUAAAAUUAGCAGUAAUUGAAUACAUGGCGUAUCACAUGACCGGAUCACAUUUAUCAGUUGCGUCUGCGCAUGUCUCUGUGGUUACUCCUAUAGUGCUAUUGCUAUCCGUUAUAGCAUUGAUUUUGUAA